UCGUCCACCUUUUUGGGGACUGUUGUGUAACUUCAAAUUUUUGGCGUCAGGUGGACGAAUGGUUUUUCAAUAUAAAUGGUACUCAUUUGCAUAUUAAUGCUCUCAGUAUAAUGUUCGGUAUUUCUAGUGAUCGUUGCCCGGUUCUGUCGAAUCUUAUCCUCCUUUUAGGCAAAAUAUUUGUUUUUAAAAAUCGUAAGCAUUCUUUGAAUCUGUCUGCUUUCAUAUCCUUUGUUUCAUACUUUUAUAAAUUAGAAAAAAACAUAGCAAUUCGGCAAGGCAAACUGCUUAAACACAGGGGGAAGUGGGGAAACUUAAAUAACUUAUUUUCUGUCAGCACCAUAUCUUAAACAAAUGUAUAGUGAUAUUGUUGAAUGAAUAUGGGCAAAGGGGUUUAGGACUAACGUUAACUGUUGUUACUGGUUUUUGCUUUUAUUUUGUGGUUUUACAUGUGCUUUGUUUAACGUAUCUGUAGCUGCCAUGCUUUCUUUUUGUUGUUUGUUUUGCAAAAAGUAAUAAAGAAUGAUUGGAAAAAAAAGAAAAGGAGGGGUCUACUAGUAGCUGGGAAGGUCCGGAUGGCUAUCAGGUGUGCAGUGUGUCUGAAGCCGAGAUGUGUAUUCAGUCACUCUAAACUGAAGAGGCAGGAGGAGGAAGCUGUGGGAAGAGUCAGGGACAGCAUGGUCUUCACAUGUGGAAGCAACUUGUUUGAAGAAGGUGGCAGGUACCAUGACAGCAUUGUGGUAAGACGAGCUGUGAACUGUGCUUCCCCCAUUGAAGCACAGUAUUACAGUAGUAAGCUCAUUUCAUUCGAAGAUGUCUGUUACCAUUGUGGCAGGCAGGACGACUUGCUUGGUCCAGAGCAUCCAACAAUGGCUACCCUCAGACAGCAGUACAGUGUCAUUAGACCCAUAUGUUUGUCUUGCUUCAAUGAUGGAAAAAGGGUCAAAACUUGGGGGGCACAAAAUGCGAGAAAGAAGACAAGGAGAGUUUAAAGUUCAUGAAGUCCUUAAAGGGUAUUAGACACCAGAUCUAAAUGAUAUUUUCCCUGUUUCAACUUUAUUAUCUCUUCAUUUGAUGUUAUUAACACAGUUCUGUUUUUCUAUGACAUGUUGUGCUAGCCAUGUGAGAAGGCAAACUAGCUGAAGUAAAAAGUACUUGAUGUUGACACAAUUCUGUUUUUCUAUGACAUGUUGUGCUAGCCAUGUGAGAAGGCAAAAUAGCUGAAGUAAAAAGUACUUGAUGUUUUAAGAGAGACCAUGUGGGAAAUGUUGUGUCAGGCCUUUCGUUAUCGGAAUUUUGAUCACAGAACGUAAUCUGACUGGGUAUCUGACUGCGCAUGGCUAUUUUUAUGGGGAUGUUUGGAAUCAUAUCGCCAGUUACUUCGCCAGCGAAAGCACGUACAUUUUGUAUGUCCGACUUCUCCGAUCCCUGACUUCAUCUCGAUUAUGACGGACCUCUACAAUGCUGUGACCGCCCUCGAGCAGCUUUUCGAGCAGAGCGGGUAUGUAAAUUGUACAAUUUUGACGACCAGAACGUGUCAUAUUUGGUUUGAAGACAGUGCAAUCUGUAAUUGAAAAAAAAAAAAGUUUGCCCUGUUCUCGCUCAGAAUAGUGCUGGUAAAAAUCUAGUGUGUGAAAAGAUGCAAAAUAAGUAGUAGUAUUUUUACGUAUUCAAGUAGUAGUCCUCCACAGACUUGUUAUUGUAGCGCCGGCGUUUAAUAUUUUUUAGGGGGCGCUGGUUCGCUAUAUUCAACACGGGCGAAGAAUCUUUGGUCAUGGGAGAUAGUGGCAGCAAAACGAUUUCCCAUGGCAAGAGAUUCUUCGGUCGUCUUGAAAAUCGCGAAUCAACGCUCAACACCCACCACCACCGCCACGUAAAUGCUGGUGUGAGAAGGAGGCUAGAGAGUGUAGGUUCUAGUCAUACUGAACGCUAAGAGAACUGAUAGUGAUAGUAAGUAAAGCAGAUCUGAAUAUUUUCUAUAGCAUG